AUGCCAGACUUUUACAAUUCUGUCCGCCGGCAGACAGAGUUCAAAAAUCAGGCCCAAGUUGUCGAGUCUUUGUGUUCUCUCAUGAGACACCCUCAAGAAUUCAGACCAGAGGAAUGGGCGUGUGUUUGUAUCCAAGGCGAGGAGAAAUCGAAGUCACUCGACCAUCUAGCAACGUUCAUAUACAGGUUUGCCGAAACCAACGCCGAAAUCAAAGAAAUCAAGACACUGCGUAUCGAGCGGGCACAGUGGAGGUACAUUCCCCACUUCGUUAACCUUACGUCGAUCCUUCUUGGCUACUGGAGAUCCGUCACCUGUCUCGAGCUCCACGACGUAAUUUUCCCAAAUGUCACGGCAAUGUUCGAUCUUCUUCGUGCUCUGCCCGAGAUGAAGCAGCUUGUCUGCCACGGCGUUGCUUUCUCCGGGUCCGAAUGUGAUCUGGAGAAGCUAUCGAAGUAUCCGCGGCUGCCACAACGUCCGUUCGAGAAGCUCCAGACGCUGAAUCUGUCUUCGUUGCCCGUGAGUGACAAUCUCCAGCUGUCGAGCUCUGUCGGGGACAUGACGAGGAUCUUCAAAGCCGGUAUACGCAACUGCCAAUUCGUUGUCGUCGAAUAUCGCCUCGCUUCUUCCACCGACUUGACAGAGAACACCGCGGGCCUUGAUAUCAAGAAGCUGAUUCAAGACUUUGGCGAAUCACUUGUAGAGCCCGCCUCCAUCGGCAUAGUGGCACUGCAAGAACUCACCGUGGCUGUGGCAUGUUCCGUCCAUCACCGUGACCAGCGAGCUGCGACUCGGAUCUGGAAGCAUUAG